CGCUCAGUCAGAAACACUCAUCCAACACUCACGCUUCAGUGAAAUCUGUUACUUUUCAUAUUUAAUCCUUUUUUAAGAUUUAUCAUCAAGACAAUGUCCGACUUCGAUCUGUCCCAAGCAUUAGAAGGCCCUCUCGAUUUAGAGGACAAUGGAUUUGAGGGCUGCUUCUUUAACAUGACGGAAGUUCAAGAUGAGAUCUUCAGUAUUGAGGAGGGACUGGACCUGGUGGUUUCCAGAAACCCAAAGACCCUGCAGCAUGUUGCUAUCCUGCUGCUGGCGGCGAACAGGAUGAAGAGGGGUCUGAGCUGCUGUAGCCGGGGGCUCAGAGAGGAGGAGCUCUGCAGCGCCAUCAUGGACAGCCUGGUGACUGAAACAACCGUCGAGAUCCAGAGCUCGUCCACAACAGUGACAAGAAUAUUUCAUCGGCUCAACAGUGUGAUACAAUGCACCCUGUGUGACAUGGUACAAAAAGAUGUCGUCUACUCAUCAGAUGAGUUAAAACUGCAGGCCAUCACUCUGCAAGGAGGUCAGCGUGAACGCAAAGUGAAUUUUAAAAUGUCAAAGUACAUGACUCUCUCAGAUGGCGACGGCCAGACGGUCGUCCUGUCCAUCGGUAGAGACUUGCACAUGUCCUGCUCUUUGGAAGAUGGCAAAGCUACGUUGCUUUUGGAGAAGUGCGAUGAGGGGGAACUCAAAAAGAUCAGCGACGAUGGAGACAUGGACCGCUUUCUGUUCUUCAAGAGGACCGAGGGAGUCUCUCAGAACUCAUUUGAGUCUGUGAAGUGUCGCGGCUGGUUGAUCAGCACUUCCUGGGAGGAAGAAAGCAAGCCUCUGGAGAUGUGUGAAGUGGACAGUGCCAACCGUCUCACCUGCUUCAAAUUAAACUAGUGUUGCUGCCGUCCUUUUUUCUGUACAGAAUGAUGUAGAAGAUUCCUAUUGUUCUGCCUCGCCACUAGAUGGAGCCUUCGUCUGUCAUAUUCCCUCCUCCUGCAGUGAUGACUUCUAUUUCAUUAAAGAUAGUUUGACUUUAUAAGAUUUGUACUCACCGAGACACCGAUUUGUAGAAACUUAAUUUAUCUCCUUCGAAUAAUUGUAACAGGAUAUUCCUCCAAACUAUUGUUUUAUAUUUGUUGUUGUUCAUUUACUUCAAUGUAUCUCUCUACUAUCUAGAACUGUGAAUAUAUAUUGUUUGUGUUUUGUUAAAAGAGAUUUAAGAAUGUAAAACCAGCUAAAAGCUAGUAGCAUUUCAUUAACAUUGUGUUGUUUUUUGUUUAUGUACCUUCGGUGUUUAUGUACUUCAGUGAUCAUUUUUCUAUUUACAUAAAGGACAUGAGCCACAUGCUGUCCUCAUUUUGCUAAUGAUGCAUUCAAUAUGAUAAAUAAUCCAGUGUUUCCCA